UCAUGGCAAGGGUAGCACGGACGUACAGGAAAUACUGGCCCACGGAUGCCGUCCUGAAAGGAACGGCGGUGCUAGAAGACCUCAUGCUGUGCUCGUUUUCCACCAAGGAUCUCUUGGCAGGGUGGGAUGUCACCACCGACCAGAGCUGGGGCGGCAAAUCUACCGCCACCGUUUCGUGGAAACCGUGGGAACGAUUGGGCGGAACCGAUGGUUCGGCUUCCGCCACGGCUGCCGAUGCCGCUGCUGGCGGCGCUUGUGCCUUGGAUGUGCAGCCAUGGAGGCUUUUCGAAGGAACGCCUGCGACGGCGGCUCCACGAGGUGUUUUGCAGUCGGAGGGCCUGCCGGCAGGGGAUGAGGAGAACACAGCCCCUCCGUUGGAGAAGGGAGGCUUUUUUUGUUUUUCGGGAGAGCUCAGCACGGAGAGGGCCGCCAGAGCUAAGGUUGGAGGAUUCUGCGGCACGAGGUCAACUCGGCGUCAAGAGCCGCUUGUUCUUCCGGACGGUUACCGUGGCGUGGAGAUGCGAAUACGGACUGACGGGCGCCAAUACGAGGUGAAUUUCGAGCCGCAGUCGGGCAUCAUCAACGACCUCUACCAAGGGUACGUGCGGACCCCGGCGGGACAGUGGGCGACCGUGUCCCUCCCCCUGAACCGCCUUCUGCUCACGGGACAGGGCCAGAUCCGCGACAUCCAGAGGAAGUGGGACGUGGGGAUGGAGCUCAAGUCGAUCGGAUUCACCAUCGCAGACGGUGUCGGCGGACCGUUCCGCUUGGACGUGGCGUGGGUGGCGCUGGUGUCAGAGGUGGAUGAUGAAGGGAAGGACGACGGGGACGCGCCCAGAAAAAAACCGCUUCCACCAACGGACGGGGUCAUGUCGUGGUAG